AUGUCUGGCUUGUCCGAUAUAAUGAGCCGCUUCGAUAAGCUGGCGAUGGAUCAGAAAGGCCGAGCGCAGUGGCGAAAUGUGGAAGGAUGCAUACAACUCCCGCAGCAGCGAAAUGCCGCCCUAAGGAGGGAAAUAGCCGAGCUCAAGCAAGUCAAAGUCCAGUCUGGCGCGGCCAAUCCCCUGCUUCUUUGUCUGAUCGAUGGCGAUGGCUGCAUAUUUAACGAGUGCAAGGCGUGGACGGCGGCCGAGAGGCUGCGAGCACUCUCGCCAGCAUAUCGCGAUCAUUAUGGUGGCCACGCGGAUAUCCUCGUUCACAUAUUUUUUAAUCGCGAAGGUCUUGGAUCGACUAUGCUCGAUGUUGGCGCCGGCAAAGAGGCUGCUGACGCCAAGAUUCGAGAGCUCAUGCGAAUCUUUGUUCGCUUUCCUCAUGUCAAAAGAGUGUACUUUGGUGGAGGACAUGACAAUGGAUACACCUCCAAUCUAGCGACACUCCAGACCGAAGGGUAUCUUGACAAGAUUGUCUUGCUGCAAGGCUACACCGAGGUCGCCGCCGAAAUCAAGACGCUUCCUCUCGAGCGCUUGGAGAAUAAUGGAUUAUUCCUAACAGUGAAACUUUCGAACAAGACGGCGUUGGCGAGUGGCGUAAUACCGCCUUCGACGCCGCCCAUCAUCCGAACCAAGAGUUCGGCCAAAUCCCCCCCUGUGCAUUCGGUGCCGACUCUACUGAAGAGCCCAAUCAAGGCCCACAGGGAGGAACUCAAAAGCGAAUGUCACCGCACUCAAGUUGCCACUCACCCUGACGUGGCUCCGAUGACUAAAAUCUUGGCAGUGAAACCCCGAGCAUGCAACCUGCACUAUUUGACCAAGAAAGGAUGCAACAUGGAGGAAUGCAACUAUGGGCAUGACUAUGAGUUUUCAAAGGAAAUGCUGGCGGAUUUCCGUGAACUUGUAGGACAGAACCCAUGCUUGUCGGUAAAUAAAGGUCUGGAGUGCAAGGACCUUGAAUGCCCAUCAGCACACCGAUGCCCACAGGGGCCGAACUGCAGCUGGAACAAGGAGGAUGAUAGUCUAACCAUAACCCCUCCGCCUCUAGCCGGAAUGCACGAUUCGUCCACCAGCUCCGAAGACGACGACGAAGACGAAGACGACCGUGUACUACUCGGGCCCAAGAUCUCUCAGCUCACAGCCCUCAACAAGCGCACAGCUUCCAACUCGUCCAUCGACUUCCCCGACUAUCCCGCCGGCUCCCCGAAUAGGCGCCCUUCGUCGCGCGCAAAUAAUGUCUUGGCCACCCACCGAGCCCAAGUCAAGAACGCAUUCAAGAAUUCAGUCACGGGGAGCACGCCAAAGAGCGCUUGCAACAGAUGGGAGUCGGGUCUGGGCGUUCAUUCUCGCCCGAGGAAGAUUCGGAUGAGUCUGACCUGCUACGAUUCCUGA